GGUGGGUUCAGAAAACGAAAGCAUGACAAUUUUCCACAUGGUCAAAGAAGAGAGGAAAAAGAAAAUCUUAAUCCAUCUUCAGCUGUGAUGUCCUCUUUUAAAUCGUUUCAGCUGGAGCUCGACACCAGGCAUGACAAAUACGAACGGCUUGUGAAGCUCAGUCGUGAUAUAACGAUCGAAAGCAAAAGAACAAUAUUUCUGCUCCACAGAUUUAUCAGUGCGCCCAAUGGGGAAGAAAUACUAAAUGAAUCUGAAGUCAAGCUAGACGGUGUCCGGCGGAAGAUUAAGCAGGUUGCACAAGAACUGAUUGGAGAAGACAUGUAUCAGUUCCACAGAGCUAUAUCACCAGGACUUCAAGAAUAUGUUGAGGCAGUCUCAUUUCAGUACUUUAUCAAAACACGAUCUUUGAUUAGUGUUGAAGAGAUCAACAAGCAACUAAUAUUUACAGCGGAAGACAGAGAAGAAACAACAAACACGACCUCCAAUUCCCAUGAUAAACCACCACACACUUGGAGCCUGAAGGUAACGCCCGUCGAUUACCUGCUGGGAGUGGCCGAUCUAACCGGGGAGCUGAUGCGGCUGUGCAUCGGCAGCGUUGGCAACGGUGACAUAGACACGCCGUUUGAACUGAGCCAGUUCUUGCGUCAAAUUUAUGAUGGUUUCACUUUCAUUGGCAACACCGGACCUUAUGAAGUAUCUAAGAAGCUGUAUACCUUGAAACAGAGUCUGGCCAAAGUAGAGAAUGCCUGCUACACGUUAAAAGUACGGGGAUCUGAAAUCCCAAAGCACAUGCUGGCUGAUGUGUUCUCCACCAAAACAGAAUUGAUUGACCAAGAGGAAGGUCUUGCUUAAAAUAAGGAGACGGCCACAACUCGGGGCAGAGGAUGUAGAGAAAGCUUUUUAGUUAUGGUUUGUGGGGUUCUGACCCUCCUCAAAGAUUUUUAGGUAGAGACGUUUUUAGUUUUAUCUACAAGAAGAUUGUUUGCGGUGGUCGUUUG